AUGGCCGGGUUCGGCGACACGGUCGACUCGCUCCUGGAGACAUACUCCAUUUGCUUGUCACGCCUGAAGGGCUUGAAAGGGAGCAAACACACCCGACAGCUUCGAAAAAACAUCCGUUCCGACCAGUACAAAGUUCGAAGUGCAUACUCUUUGCGACUGGCUGCAACGGGUAAUAAUCUCCAAAAGGGCGAUGCCGCAGCCCGGUCUUCAUUGGAAAAGGUUAUCAAGCGUCUGGCAUCGGCCAUUGCACGGCUGGUUCGUCCGAUGAGAGGUCAGGCACCCGGGAUCGACUACCGGUCACUUCAGUUGUUGUCUAAUUCGUCACGAGUCGACGCUGUCAAGACCAUCGAUGACCUCUCCCGACGACUCGGCGUCUCAUCCCGGGAAUCAACCUUAUCAGGGUCAAGGGCGACAAGCAAGCAGCGUAAGAGAACAAAUUCCUUGGACAAACGCAAGAACAAAGAAACUUCCGACACUGAAUUUCCACGAGGGGGAGAGAAAAACGAAGAACGACAGAAAGCAGCUCGCGUCAAUAUGGGCACUCCCGCUCGCAUCCAGCGAAUGGACACGGACAAACACAUGUCAAUGACGACAAUAUCUUCAGGGAGCACUAAAAUAGGAGAGAUAAUGCCAAAGAAGCUGCGUCCGCGGAAGCCGGAGAACUGGGGAGCAAAUGAUGAGUUUACUGUGCAGCCAACGUACCCGUUGAGACCAUAUCACCAACCCGAGGUGAAGCGGAGGGGGUUUUGGGGUAUAUUUACACGAGGACGGGCUGCUCGCUGGCGAACUACCAUUGAAUAG